GCCCACUCUGCCUACCGACUGAAUUCUUGGUCCGAAAGAACAAAACCCCACUCGUUGCGACCCAUCCUGUUUGAAACAGAGAUGGCGUCCGUCACAGCUCAGAGAUGGUAGACCUGCACAGCACAGAGAUGGAAACGAUCUGCAAUUUCUGCGGCGGUACCUGAUUGACACGUCGGAUUAGCGGGCGUCAGAUACGUGUCAUAUAUAGUGCGAGUUCCGUCCUCGACGAGGGGUCCUGUCGGCUCCUGCCCUCUUCUGUCUCGAACCUCUUCCUUUGCUCACCCAUUCCUCCCCAUUGAGUGCAAAUCGCCGGUGAUCGAAGGAAGGCGCGAUGAAGAUCCUGCGCUACACCGUCUCCUACUCCCGGCGCACACCCGCUCCGCCUCCCACCCUCCAUCCCCAUCCCCUUCCCAGUCUCAAUCCCACUCCCACUCCCACUCCCACUCCGCAACCUCCCUCCGCCAGUCCCCACCCCCACGCCCCACCGUCUACGCCGGCGCGGACACCCACCGACGCACCCGCACCCCCGCCUCCCGAACCGCAGCCGAAGAAGAAAGCGCUGCUGAUCGGCAUCGCGUACGCGUCCGGCGCCGUCGCGGGCUACGCGCAGCUCCGGGGCCCCCACGCGGACGUGCGCGCGAUGCGCGCGCUGCUGGUGCGCACGUACGGGUACGCCGAGCGCGAUGUGGCCGUCAUGCUCGACGGCGCUCCGGAGGACGGCGGUGCGCGGCACGGAGACGGAGACGGAGACGGACGGCACGCGCUGCCCCCGACGCGCGCGAAUAUCCUGCGCGCGAUUGACGACCUGGUGCGCGGGGCGCGCCGGGGCGACCGGUUCUUCUUCCACUAUUGCGGGCAUACGACGCAGGUGGAGAAUCGGUCGAACAGCGAGGAGGAUGGGAUGGACGAAUGUCUUGUCCCAGUCGACGGCGAAGAAAACCUGAUCCUCGACAACGAACUGCGGCGGCACCUCGUCGCGGCCCUGCCCGUCGGUGCUUCCCUUGUUGCAGUCUUCGAUUCGUGCCAUAGUGCGAGUCUGUUGGAUCUGGAGCACUUCCGGUGCAACCGUGUGUACGUGCCUUGGAUGAACAAGGGACGUAGAAGGAGCGACGAACGAUGGAAUGCUAUCGUUCGCAAACACGCGCUGCCCUUCCUUCCUGGCAACUCACCGGACAAAGCCACACGGGAGCAGAGCGACGGCGAAAAGUCCCUGACGGGCCGUGCUCGGCAGCUUCUCCGGAGGGCCUCGAGCCAUAUUCCGGCUCCAGUGGGGUCAGACGCGCACCGCCCCACUGAAUCCCGCUCACCCACAUCCCCGCCAAAAACGGCAUCAUCACCGAUGGCGACGCCGGUAGUCGGAACACCGCUGGUCACCACCCGCCGGAUCUACGAGGCGGCUCGCACGGGCCCGGGCUCAAAGCAGGUCCGGGCAUGGCGGACCGCGGUGGAUGUGCUGGAUGUCGCGGUAGAGGAAGAUGAUGGGACACAGAAGGAUGCAGAAGCGGAUGAGGGGCCCCGCUGGACGACGGGUGCUAGAGCAGGGACGGAUGCCGAUGACGGACGCAAGACUAGACGUCGCCCAAAGGGCCGCCUGUCGCUGCCCUUGCUUCCCAUCCGGCCAGGCACUUCGCCGGACCCUCCGAGGGGAAAAGCAAAGAAGCGCUCGUCAGGCAGCGAAAACACCGCUCCGGCGGAUUCCCAGUCUUCUAGACAGCGCCGGGCGACUGUCUCGCGGUCACAGGCGGUCUCAGUGGCUGUGCGGGAGAAACGGAGGGAGGCAAAUGAUCAUCCGGGCCCCAGUACUGUGCGCCCUGCGCUGCGUGUCGAUGUGCCCACCCGGCCCGUCUCGUGGCUAGCGGAAGAAGGCCGCACGGCCUCGCCGAACCGGGCCUGCGAGAGCCCGUCGCCCGUGUGGGUCUGCCAAGGCGACUGCCGCUCGACGCACCGGCGGACGGACGACGACGCGGAAACGGCGUCGGUGAUCUCGCUCGCGUCGUGCAAGGACUACCAGCUCAGCUGGGAGGACGCGGACGGGGGAAGCAUGACGCGGGAGCUCGUGCGCAUCCUCGAGAAGGACCCGCAUCCGACGCUCCGUGCGCUGGUCACUGGCGUCAGCCACGCGCUGCACCGCAUGACGCUCGACCGCCAUAUCGAGGCGAAGGCGUAUAAACGCGCGCUGAAGAAGUACCAGGCGUGGAUGAAGAAGCGGGAGGAGUCGAAGGACAGGAGCGUGCCGGUGCCCAGAUCUGCUGCUACUACGGUGGCCUCCCCCAUGACGGCGACGGCUUCGACUUCUCGCACGACGAUUCUCGACACACCCGAUCCUGCUGCACCACCGCUGCCUUCGUUUGUGUCCAAAUCAGACGGAAUGGCGCAUCACCUCGAUAUUGAUAACUUCCAAAACCCGCAGAUGUCCAGUCACCGCCCGCUCGAUAUGGAGGCCCCGUGGAUGAUAUGACCUUCGGCCAAGAUCGCUUACGAGAUUUCGUGGAUCUCCUGCGCUCCAUAGUCACUCGCGCUUACGUCAUCCCUGCGCCUAAACCCCCAAGUAAAUUACUAAUGCACUGAUGCUGAUGUUCUGCCAUCUUUCGUCGCCUCUUGACAGCUAGUUGCAAAUUGCGAGGCCACCGUCCUGCAUUCUCGACAUGAUGGGAAGUGGGGCUGUGGUGACAUGUCGCUGUUGCCGGGAGGGUGGGGCCGGUGGGCAAGUGGGGCCCGCUGUGCAAUUGCUUGAUGUUCCAUGCAUUGCAAGUUCAUUUUCUCUCGUCUACUACAAUGAAUACUAUUCUUUCAACAAUUUUGAACUGCCCAGGUUGUCUUACCAUCAUGUAUAGUACCUCUUGGGUAUGCCCAAUGAGAAUCCAGCACCUACCUCACAAAAAUAGCUGGGAAAAAAUUGAGUCACAGCUACCCGGCAACGGCGGCAUGUCAC